AUGAAUGAGCAAGCUGUUCAAGCGGCCGCCUAUUCCUUACAAACAGAGAUGUGGACGGGUAAACACCAGCGCUCUCAAGCGCCUUCGACUCCGUGUUCUGCAUCUCUUUCACCACACUUUCUGGAUGCUCAAAAUGAUGAUGUCCUCAGUCAGGACUCGGACUCAACUGCCUGCUCGAUGGCAAAUACGCUAGAGUGGAAAGAACACCUUGAUGUUGAGAUACUUGCUCCGAACAGAUACGAGCCAGAUGUAUGCGGUACCGGGAUUGUUGGGGAGCUCUCUGUUGCUUCCAAAGAUCCGAAAGCUAAUGUUGAAGGGGAUUUCAUGGCCUUGAAGUCUGUAGGCAGGGAGAAUUCGUCGGAAACUUUGAAAACAAACCUCAUAAUCGAUGUGCCAACCUCAAAGUCGAUUGAUGAUGUCGAAAAGUGUGCACCUAACUCUCGGGAGACCACCGGGCCUCUCAAGGAACAAUUACUUGCAAUUAUCUCAAAAGUCGGCACCCUAGAGGCCAACGUCCCUACCAUCAUGGCAGCUGAUUAUGCGAAACUUCAACAACGCGUUGCUAAGCUAGAGGCGGAAAAAACAAGCCUUUCAGAUAGACACGAGGCCCUUUUCGCCAUGCGAGACGCAGACGUCGCAAACCUUGUCAAUGUUCGAUCCCUUUUAGCCAAAGAGCGUUGCGAGCAUGAAGCGAUACUCAAACUCCGCGACGAUGAUCUUCAAAACGUCAUCGAAUUACGCAACAAACUUGCACAAGCAAUAUGGACUAGUAGUAACUCGCAACCCGCCACUCCCAAUAAGGACAAACGUCUGGGCAAACGUCAGUCUACGUCUCAGAGCAACGAUCUAUGGCAAGCCGCAAAGACAGCUGCUCUGGAACAACGCGUGCUAGAAUUGGAGUCGGCAAAUGCGAAUUUACGUGAAAAGCUUGAGCAUUUCAAUUCCGAGAUAUCACGAGCAGGUUCUACAACAGACCAGGCCGUCCAUAAGGCAGCGGGCGAAAGGUACACUGGAACAGAUGCACUUUUCGAGGUAGCUCUACGCCAGCGUGAACGCUUUAAUGCUGAGACUAAAGAGUUAAAAGCCGAGAAUAAACGUCUGAGGGAGAAAUUGGAUGACAAAAAUGCCCAAAUGGAGGGCAUGAAAGUUUUGCUUGAGAUGCACAUGGGGCUAAGGUAG